UCGACGCUCGCGAAGGCUCGGCGCGCCUGCGGUCCUCGGCCGCUCGGGGAACCUGAGGGACGCGCGGCCGCCUGCGGGGCCAGCGGCGCUGCCCGGGAGAGCCCGGAGGCCGGCGGUGAGAUAUUUCAACAAGAAAGAAAUCACUCUCCUCCUAAGAUGGAAUCUGUGAUUUGGGAAUGCGGUUGAUCGAGUUGAUAUGCUGGCCAGAUGUGCCCAAUGUAAUAAAAUGAAGAGAAGAUACAAGAUGAUGUCAUCUUCCCAUAUUGUGAAACCAAAAACAAAUGCCCUUUGUGAGACCAGGUUAACAAUUCUUUGACAGUACAGGGAGUUUUCAACUGAGGAGCCUAACAGAUAAGGGGUACUUUCAAGCUGAGACCUGCAGGCUUAUACUGAUGUAAAACGCAUCCUGUGUAGAUCUGAUCAUCCGAGCUUCAUUCUGAUCCAGGAAGAAUGGCUGUGAGCUGGAUUGUCUUUUAUCUUUGGCUCUUGACUGUGUUUCUGGGGCAGAUAGGUGGGCACAGUUUGUUUUCUUGUGAACCUAUAACCUUGAGGAUGUGCCAAGAUUUGCCUUACAAUACUACCUUCAUGCCUAAUCUUCUGAACCAUUAUGACCAACAGACUGCAGCUUUAGCAAUGGAGCCCUUCCACCCUAUGGUGAACCUGGAUUGUUCUCGGGAUUUUCGGCCAUUUCUUUGUGCACUCUAUGCCCCUAUUUGUAUGGAAUAUGGACGUGUCACACUUCCCUGCCGUAGGCUGUGUCAGCGUGCCUAUAGCGAGUGUUCAAAACUCAUGGAGAUGUUUGGUGUCCCGUGGCCUGAAGAUAUGGAGUGCAGUAGGUUUCCGGAUUGUGAUGAGCCAUAUCCCCGACUUGUGGAUUUGAAUUUAGUUGGAGAUCCAACUGAAGGAGCCCCAGUUGCAGUGCAGAGGGACUAUGGUUUUUGGUGUCCCCGAGAGUUGAAAAUUGAUCCUGAUCUUGGCUAUUCCUUUCUGCACGUGCGAGAUUGUUCACCACCAUGUCCCAAUAUGUACUUCAGGAGAGAAGAACUGUCAUUUGCUCGCUAUUUCAUAGGCCUGAUUUCAAUCAUUUGCCUCUCUGCCACGUUGUUUACUUUUUUAACCUUUCUAAUUGACGUCACAAGAUUCCGUUACCCUGAAAGACCUAUCAUAUUUUAUGCAGUCUGCUACAUGAUGGUGUCAUUAAUUUUCUUCAUUGGGUUUUUGCUGGAGGACCGAGUAGCCUGCAAUGCAUCUAGCCCUGCACAGUAUAAGGCUUCUACAGUGACACAAGGAUCUCACAAUAAGGCCUGUACCAUGCUCUUUAUGGUACUAUAUUUUUUCACUAUGGCUGGCAGUGUAUGGUGGGUAAUUCUUACCAUCACAUGGUUUUUAGCAGCUGUGCCAAAGUGGGGCAGUGAAGCUAUUGAGAAGAAAGCAUUGCUGUUUCAUGCCAGUGCCUGGGGCAUCCCCGGAACUCUAACUAUCAUCCUUUUAGCGAUGAAUAAAAUUGAAGGUGACAAUAUUAGUGGCGUGUGUUUUGUCGGCCUCUACGACGUUGAUGCGUUAAGAUAUUUCGUUCUCGCUCCCCUCUGCCUGUAUGUGGUAGUUGGGGUCUCUCUCCUUUUAGCCGGCAUUAUAUCCCUAAACAGAGUUCGGAUUGAGAUCCCAUUAGAAAAGGAAAACCAAGAUAAGUUAGUGAAGUUCAUGAUUCGGAUUGGUGUUUUCAGCAUUCUCUACCUUGUGCCACUCUUGGUUGUAAUUGGAUGUUACUUUUAUGAGCAAGCUUACCGCGGCAUCUGGGAGACAACAUGGAUCCAGGAACGCUGCAGAGAGUAUCACAUUCCAUGUCCGUACCAGGUUACUCAAAUGAGUCGUCCAGACCUGAUUCUCUUUCUGAUGAAGUAUCUCAUGGCUCUCAUAGUUGGGAUUCCCUCUAUUUUUUGGGUUGGAAGCAAAAAGACAUGCUUUGAAUGGGCCAGUUUUUUCCAUGGGCGUAGGAAAAAAGAGAUAGUGAAUGAGAGCCGGCAGGUGCUCCAGGAACCUGACUUUGCUCAGUCACUCCUGAGGGACCCAAAUACUCCAAUUAUAAGAAAGUCAAGAGGAACUUCCACUCAAGGGACAUCCACACAUGCUUCUUCAACUCAGCUGGCCAUGGUGGAUGACCAAAGAAGCAAAGCAGGGAGUGUCCACAGCAAAGUGAGCAGCUACCAUGGCAGCCUCCACAGGUCACGGGAUGGCAGGUACACUCCCUGCAGUUACCGAGGAAUGGAGGAGAGACUACCUCACGGCAGCAUGUCACGGCUGACGGAUCAUUCCAGGCACAGUAGUUCUCAUCGGCUCAACGAGCAGUCCCGACACAGCAGCAUCCGAGACCUCAGUAACAACCCCAUGACUCACAUUACACAUGGCACCAGCAUGAACCGUGUUAUUGAGGAGGAUGGAACCAGUGCUUAGUCUUGUCUAAGGUGAAAUGUGUGCUGUUGAAAAGCAGGUUUUAGUUUUUGCCUUCGCAUGGCUGGCUGCUGUAACUCGCUGUCGCUCUGCUUUCUUGGGCAGAGUGUGCCCACUGGGAAAGUAGAUCUUUGCUCUUUGUAUCACAUCAACCCUGGGAUGUGAACACAUCCCAAACCCUAGGGAUCAUGUCAUCACAAAAGUAAUUCUUUCUAGGCUGUGAAGAGAUGAUUGUCUGGUGAGCAUUUUUAUAAACAUGCUUAUUUUAUAUCUAGAAAAAUCCUCUAUGUGUGGUGACUGCUUUGUAGUGAAUUUUCAUAUAAUAUGAACUAGUUGUGAAAUGACAUUCUGGUAGCUCUGUUAAUAAAACAAAGUUUCAGAAUUAAAGAAAAUUUCUAUGCAAGGUUUAUUUCUCAGAUGAAUACUAGGACUUUGUAGGUUUAUUUCCACAGAGUGAAAAAAGGAACCGCUUUUAAACUGUAGAAGACUUUGAUAAGCCAGCAAGAGUAUUUUAGCUAAUAAGAUAACAGCGCCACAGAAGAUCUGGUUGGCCUGUGGGAGGUUGUCUCAAAGUCUGUCAAUCUUCCCCCAAGAUAUGCAGGCUGUGGAUGAGCACUGGAGUAAAGGCAGAGAUGAGCAUUUCCCCUGUAAUUGGAUUGGUUUUUGUUUUGUAAAUAUUACUUUUAUGGGCUAUGCUUUUAUAAUAUCCAUAUGCAUGAUAGAAACAUUUUAAUUUGUGGCCAUUUUUCCCAGGAAAUAGUAGACAACUUCAUGUUCAUAUAUGUUCUGUGGAGGCAUGCAGUAAGAUAAGCAUCACACAUUAUAAGGGGUUUUAGUGGUAAAAAAAAUUACAAAUGGCAAAAUAUUUUCUGUGUAUUCAUUGUCGUAUUUUUCUACAGUGAGAUGUGAUCUUGCCAAAGCCAUCAGACCUUGGUACCCAGGCCCUCCUAUAAUGAGCUGAUUGUCUGCCCCGGAUUCCCCAAUAGCCAGUUGGCUACAGCUUUUGCCUACAUCCCUAUUUUCUGAAUUACUCUGGUUUACAGCUGAAAUAUAUACUCUUAAGUCCAAAAUGGUGAUCGACCUGGGUUCUUGAAAAUCAUUUUAACUAAGUGGAGCAUGGUUACUCUUUCUGUGAAUAUUGUUUAAUCUUAAAAAUAUCAAGUAAAAACCUCUUGACAUUUUAUUUUGUAAAGAUUAAAUGAUGUAGGAUAUGAACUGUGAACUUUAUUUGUAUGAAAUUGAUCAGAAAGAAAAAUUCUUGAAAAUGCUAAUAUGUGAUUCAGAAAACAUAAGUGAUCCUCAGCCCUGAUUGCAGGUACAGAUCACUCUGGAAACUCUCAGUAGCCAACAUCUUUCUGUCAGGUCUGAGUUGAUGCUUUAAAAACAACCAGCUUUUCAGGUGAUUGUUAGUGUAGCCAGGCUUGAAGCUGUUCUUUUAAGCUCAUUUUCCCCUAAAGAUGGGUUGAUGGCAUCAGAUUUGACCACAGGAAGAUGGAGCCAGACUCAGUGGUACACUUACAUUGUUUCCUGAUAUGAGGUUGUUUCUUACUCUGCUCUAAUCCACUAUAAAAUGCAGAAUUCUCAGCUCUCAUCUCUAGAGAGUCUUACUCAAUAAAUCAAAGGCAGUAGGAUUUCACAAAUGUGUAUUUCUAAAAAUACCACAGAAGAGUCUUAGCAGGUUAUCCAAGAAUCACACUCAGAAAAAAAAAAAUACCCUAGACUCUGGAGAGGUCUGGCUUUGCCAUAUGCUAGUUUUCAACUUUGAACAAGUCAGCCUCCAUGAGCCUAACUCCUCUUGUUUAAAGAUGAAGAUUGAAGAUGAAUAUCUCCUCUACCUACCUCACAAAGUUGUCAAAUUGAGAUCAAAUGAAAACAACAGUCUGGAAGCUCUUUGAAACUGAAGUGUUGUGAAAUAAAUGUGCAGGAUUAAGAUUCUUGAGGACUAAAGAGCUUUAUUGGAGGUCUACUGUAGUACAUUUCUUGACACAUGUUUAAUUCGUGUGUCUGCUUCUCUCGCCCUUUAAAACUAAGAGUGCCCACAUGACAGAAGAGCCAGUUUCCUGGUAGCCAUGAUUUUUUUGUGUCAUGUUGCUUCUCUGAAGUAUGCAUCAGUAGAGAUUACCCAUUCUUCAUAAGACACAUUUGAGCAUUUGGCCCCACAUGCUUUCUCUUUCUUCUGUCCUGCCAGCUUUCUCCUUGGAACUGGGGUUACCACUUGGAGAGGCCCAAAGUCCCUUAUAACUGAUAACUUGUCUAUAAACAGAUCAAUAACUCACGAAGCUUCUGUCUGAGAAGCUCCGGGAACAGCAUGAGCAAACCCAAACCAACAUCCACAAACCAAACAGCAGUGAAGAGAGGAGACCAGUGUGAGCUCAAAGAUGUCGUCUGCCACCAUCUGCAUCACUACCUAUUGCCAAGUGCUGGUUGGUUGUCCUUUAAAGUGGGCCCAGUGUAGACAGUGAAGAGAGCAUUGCCAUGAAAAUCUCACCUUUGUGCUUCCAGAGUUUGUGUGUGUUGUUGCAUCUCCUCUUGCUUCAGCAGUGGUGAUGCGUAUAUGGAUAAUGUUGGCCUUACAGUCACCUUCACCAAGUACCAUCCUUCACUUGUUCUGUGCACUCAGCACAGUACUGUUUGGUUUAAGUAGCUGUUCAAUUUGGGCCAUGCUCUUUAUCAUGUUACUGCGCCAGGUUUUAAGAAUCUUUUUUUUUUUUUUUUUUUUUUUUUGAAGAAACCAUUGAAGAACUACAGCGGAACAGUUAAUUCCAAAUCCUAACCUGUUUAACUUGUCUUGAACAAGUCUGGACAGUUUUCUUACCAUAUAGGUUACUUGAAUUUCUGUUGUGAUUGGCAUAUGUUAAUACUUAGUGUUUUCUUUGUUCAAUUGACAACCAAGAAAAUGAUAGUGCACUCUAAAAUAUUAAUAUUAUUAAAAGGGUUUUGAAAAGAACUUUGAUUUUUAGCAAUAUGGUUUUAUUCAAUAAUUAGGCAAAAAGAUCCAAGGCAGUAUUAAGCUCAAAACAGUAAUUUGUUUCAGAGAGCAGUUGAUGAAUAACAAUUAGCACAGGGCUUAGUACAGAGUAAGCUUUCCAGUAAAUGUUUAGCGACCUGCCAACUACAUGGCACUCAGACCAUGAGAAUUGUUUUUAUACACACACACACACACACACACAUUGUGAAUUUAUUAAAAAUCUGUGUAAAGUAAGAAUCCUUUUCAGUUUCACACAAAAAAAUGCAAGAGAUAAAAGGUUUAUAGAACCUAGGUUUAUAAGUAAACUCAGGAUUCUUUUAAGCUUCUUUUAUGCCUUUUUGUGAUCAGCUAGGAUGAGAAAAGCUUGGGAUUGCAGAAACAGUUCAGUGGGUAAGUGGACCUGCUGCUUUUCCAAAGGACCCAAGUUCAGUUCCUCCCACCCUUGUUCUCACAGUGCCUACUGUAGCUCCAGCUCUGGGGAUCUAACAUUCUCUUCUGGUUUCCUGACACCAACACACUUGUAACACACACAAACAAAUACAAAAUAUGAAAAAUGUUCAUUUAAUUCAACAAUGUAUAAUGUAUAUACAUUUACAUAAAUUUGAUUACUGUAUAUGGAAAUGCAUUGGCAUUUGUGCAUCUCUUCCUGGCUUUUCUUCCUUUCCAUUUUUUGUUGUUACAGCCACAUGAGUCCUGGGAGAGGCAUAGGAAGAGUAGACACACUUCCCCAUGCGCCAGACUACAAUUGCUUUCUCUAAUCUAAUUCUAAUCCUAUUUAUCUUUAGCAAUUCUACUGAUACAGAAUAAUGCUUAUCUUUCAAGAUCCAAAUCUGAGAGAGAAAAAACAAUAUUAAAAGUCUGUUCAGACCGCCAUUUUAGUAGACAUAGGUGUUUAGUUAACUUAUAGUCAGCACAUAGUAGUAAGUGUGUUUAUCCCUGUGUUCUCUAACUAGGAAGUCUGGCUUUAAAGAUUUUUUAAAGUUUCCUCUAAUUUUUUGGUCAAAGGUCGAGCGAGUACAAAAUGCAUUAAGUUCAAUAUAUUUAACUAUGUUGAAUGAUAAGUUAUGUUUACCUUUUUACCUAAAUAGUCACCAGAAACCUAUCUUGCCCUUUUCGGGGAUUUUUGGGGGGAUGGUAGAAUUGUUUAUAAUUGACUCUAGUUUUAUUAGCACCACUUCCCAUAGUUAAAAAUAUUUUCUACUGUCUAAUAAUUCAAAAGUUUAAAAUUUGCCAGGGGUAGUGACACACAUCUUAACACUCAGGAGGCUGAGGCAGGAGAAUCUCUUGUGAGGUCAACCUGAUCUUCAUAGUGAGUUCCAGGGCAGUUAGGACUAUAUAGAAGAACUUGUCUCAAAAAAGAAACAAAGAUUAAGAAAUCUUAAGGUAAAGAUAAUUAAAACUUAGUGAUUUUUAUUUAUAAAUAUUCAGUGUUCUAUUAUUCUACUCAUUACCACUGUCGAAUUAGUACUUUUGACCUUUUCGAGCUUGUUAUAUUUCCUAAAGCAGAUAAGUGUAUUAUUUUAUUAGUAGUAUUAUGGCCUUAAGCUUUUUGGUAUAUAAUCGGGCUUGCUCAAAUUUGCAGACUUUUAGAUGAUUCUUUGUUUUUGCUACCUGGCUUUUUAAAAUUUAGAACUCAAUGGCUUUGUUUUGGCAAGGUUUUAGUUAAUAACUAGUAAGAAUGCAUUGUGUUAUUUUUAAAAAUAUCCAAGGAUUUUUGAGUCAGGAAAGCUGAUAUCUAGUUUUGCCUCUCCUUUCAGUGAGCUCUGUUAACCCCAGACAGAGUGUUUUUGUUUGCAGUUGAAAGGAAUUCAGGAAUUAGAUUAGGAGUCUCAGAUUCCACCAGACUCUAAUUUGUUUCUCCCUUGACCAUUUUAUAGUUGUUGUUGAGAGCUCACUUGUAUUCUCUUCCCAUAAACUCUGUUUGCUUGAUCAGCUUACUCAGCUAAGGCAGCUGCACUCUAGGACCCCAGUGCUAGAAAAGUAUCCUGCCACUGGGCUCCAUUUCCAGCCCCCUCACAGACUAGCUCAGGCUGAUCUCAGAGGCUUAGGUGUAUCCCAGGCUGGCUUUGAGCUCACGGAACUCUCACCUUUGCCAGGCAAGUGCUGGGAUUUCAGACAUGCCACCAUGCCCUAACUUAAGCGAUUUUUAAAAGAGGAAAAUUAUAGAUAAUAAAAGUAAAAGAAGUUAUAAAUACCAGACAUGGUUUUUAAUGGGAAAAAUUUAGAUGUCAACAUAAGUUGAUAAACAAAAGAAAUGACAUAUUUUUGAUAUUUGUUCUCUUAAUUAUGAAUAUAGAUUUUCUAGUCCAGCCCUCAUACCAAAUGCAUUUUGUAGAGCUGUAGUGUAGCUCAUUGGGAGAGUACCUCCCUAGCAUGUGUUCAAAAUAAAAUCAGUGAUGAACAGAUCGCUGACAGCACUGGUCCCUUUGCUAAUUAAAAGGCUGUCAGGUUUUUCCAGCUUUCAUUAGUGUUGUUUUUACUACUGCUGCUGCUGCUGCUGCUGCUACUACUACUACUACUGUUAUUUUGGUUUUUCAAGACAAUGUUUCUCUGUGUAGUCCUGGCUGUCCUGAAACUUGCUCUGUAGAUCAGGCUGACCUUGAACUCAGAGAUCUGGUUGCCUCUGCCUCCCAGGUGAGAGGCUUAAAGUUAUGUGCCACCACUGCCCAGAUUGAUUAUAAAGUCUAAAGAACUUAGAGAAAUGGAAUAGAACUCUUUAACUGCCUCCUCAACUUCAUUGAAUAUGUGUAGUUGCAGAUUGCCACAGAAAAGCGACGACCAAUUUUAAAAUAUUAGCAGGAUUAGGAUUUAGCUCAGCAAUAGACAGGGCCGUGGGUUCAGUCCCAGCAUUGAAAAUAAAACUCAUAAAAUAUUGUUAGAGAUAAAUGUGACUUGUUAUUGUUCAUUUGUCCUGGCUUUGCAGAAAAUAUUACCAUAAAGCUCCCUUAAUUCUCCUGGGGCCAGUGAGAUGACUCAGCAGGUACCAGCACUUGCCACCAUGCCUGACAGUGUUGAUUUCUAGCCUAGAGACUCAUAUGGUGGGGGAGAGAACAGACUCCCACAAGUUGUCCUUUGACCUCCACGUGUGGGUUGUAGUGUACGUGCAAAUUUAGGCACACAUGCACACACAUAAACAAAAUAAAUUAAUAAAAAAUUUUAAGUAGUCUUUAAUAAAACAGAUUCCAGUAGCUUCAUCCUUUCAAUAGAAUUCUCUUGUAAAUUAAUGAUGCUUUCCAUGAAUUGGAUCAAGGAAAUCUCACUUGCUAUCUUCUAAUUUUAUGUGUUUGGAUGUUCUGCCUGGAUCUGUGUCUGUGUACCAUUUGAAUGCCUGGCACUGAGGGAUCCCCUGAAAUAAGGCUAUAGAGGGUUGUGUGCCACUAUGUGGGUGCUGGGAAUCUAACCCCAGUCCUGAAAGAUCUUCUAACCACUGAGCCAUUCCUCCAGCCCACCCAUUUGGAAGAUGGGUUUCUUAGCUCUGACUGUCUGCAUCCCUUCAGAUGUCUUGAAUGCCUUGGACUGUAGACGUACAGUGUACAGUUGAGACUGAAGUCUGAUGAGUUCAUAGCAUUAGGAAGUAGGUAUAGGUUGAUGUACUGGUUUCUAGUGGGAUUUUUUUUUCUAACUAUGUCAGUUUUGUUGCCCCUCCCAUCCCCUUUGGUUCUGGUGAACAAGCAUGUGCUAGGCAGCCAUUCUACCAGUGAGCUAUAUACACAGCUUCAGUGCCUAUUAGAUUUCCUUAGCUACAUUUAAUCCCUUGUCUUAGGUCUGUCACUGGUUCUCAGAAAUUAAAUUAGAUGCUCAGUCUCUCAGUCCUAUGGCCAUAUGCUGCAUAACGAUGUUUUAGUCAUUUUUAGUUAAGAAACACAUGGCAGCCUAAGGCAGGAGGAUCUCAAGGUUAAGACCUGUUUCAGACAUCCUGUCCAUACAGCAGUGGUCCCAUAGGGUCAUAUCACUUAGUAACAUCAUAGGCAUGUGAUUCGAUGAGUGCAUGCUCUGAUGUUGCAAAGUGACCCAGUUGCUUAGCAACAUAUUCCUCAAAUGUAUUCUGCCAUUAACCAUAACCGUUACAAUUUUUUUAAAUUGUCUCUAAAAACAGCACGUUUAUUUUCAGUUUUCUGGCUCUUACAAGUCCUUGUUGUUGCAUACAUUGACUCUGAAGUCCAGUUUCAAUGAAUAUUGGGGAUUGAUAAUGCGAAGUUCUAUAAGAAAAUACAAGUAACCCUAGAGGGGUGGUUUAUAGUUAUCCUUCUUUCUUUUUCUGUUUGUCUAGCUACCCUUCCACCCUCAGUUUUGAAAAGCUGGCACAUCUCUUCCCUCAGCCCUGUCUCAGGUCGUUUUCCCAGAACUAAUCGUGUCAGCAGGAGCACUUACUAUGAAAUCAUUUUUUUAAAGAAAUCUGAAAUCAUUUUUUUAAAGAAAUCUACACAGUAGAUUUUUACAUUGAGCUGAGAUGAAUAUGCCUUGAAAAUGAUAUCAGUGUGAAAUUGUUUAAAUCAUAAAGUGGAUUCUCUAGCAUGAAAAUGUUUGUUUAAGCUAAGUGUGGGGACUCACACUGGAAUCCCAGUCUCUUGAGAGGCUAAGACAGAAGAAUUAUACAUUUAAGGCCAUCUUGUGCUGCAUGGUAUAUAAUUAUAGGCCAACCUGAGCUACAUAGUAAGACCGUGUCAAAAACCAAGUAGAAGGAGAAGGAGAAAGGUCUCGUGUUUCAUGUUUGUUUGCUUCAUUAUUUCCCCUGGGACGAGGGCCUUGCCUGCUACCAGAGCCUUGUGUAUAUUAGGCAAGUGCUCCAGCUCACCAGACCUUGGUCUUUUCUAUCGGGUAUCAAGGCCUUGAACUUGCUGUGUUGUGUAGACUAGCCUUGAAGCUUACAUUCUUCCCGCAUGGCCUCCUGAGUGCCAAGGUUGCAGUCAUGAGCUUCUCAUGUACUUAACAUCAGCGUAUAUUUUUCCUUCCUUCCUUUCCUUCCUAAUUGUGGGGUGUGUGUGUCUGUCUGUCUGUCUGUCUGUCUGUGACUAAUGUGGAACCAGGCCUUUCUUUUAUUAUCCACACCUUCUGCCACUGAACCAUAUCUCCAGUCCUUUAAUACCAACUUCAAACAGCUUUUCUGCUUUUAUUUUCAGUUUCUAGAUUUUGAUUUUUGAGUCUUACUUUCUCACUGAAGUUUAAAGCUUUGUUUCCUCGUGGUAAAGUACACAUUGUCACUUCCCCCUCUCCCCCCGCCAGCUUCCAGGGUACAGUUUAUAGAGCUUGGAGCAUCGUGCUGGCUUAUUUCCUUUGUAGGAACUGUUAUAAAAACUAAUUCUCAAAAUUAAAAUUUUAAAUUAGGAAGUGUUGUUUUCAAACCCAACGUGAUAGAUACAUGUCUGUAAUCCCAGCAUUUAGGAGGCAAGGCUAAUUGAGGCCAGAGGAUUGCCAGGAACUGACAGCCAGACUGAGCUACAUACAAGACCCUGUUUUCAAAAAUGAAAAAAAAAACACUCUCUGAUAUUUAAAUCUGAUAGGUUGGAGGAGUAUUUAUAGAAAUAUGUGUCUAUGAUGAUAGUUAUUCAUUGUCUGUAAUACAGAAUAUCUAAAUCCCAUGUUAAUGAGCUGUCUCUUCCUUUCUUGUCUCAGUGAACAACUCUGUUCUCUGACAGUUGAGCUCAAGGUUCUCAGUCUGAAGAGUUGGAAAUGCUCUUCUAAGCAGGUGAGAUUGCUGUCUUGGGGGGAAGUAAGCAUGUGUUAGCAAUUUAGGCUGUUUUAGAAGAGGUGUUAGCUUUUCACCUCUACUCUUCCCAGGCUAUCAGAAGAGAGAACUCUUAGGUCAUCUCAAAAACUGCUCUGUCUUGUUGUUGAAUUCCUGCUUUUAAAGACACUUUAUCAACCUGAAGUAAAUACCUUUGAGAACACUUAAGAUACAUAAGCUCUUCACUAAGUCUGUGUUUGAUUUUCAAGCUUUUAUAAGCUGACAUACUGUCACAAUGUCAAGGGAAUAGUCGACAAAUACCAUUUAGAGGUAGACUAAUCCCCUCGUGUAAUAGGUACUCAAUUUUUGCCAACUACAGAGUUUUAUCCUCCAAAAUAAAUGAGUGCCAUGCUAUACAGCCAACACAUGUUCUAUAAGCUUUCAUCUAAAGAUUUUCUUUAUACUUAGAUUGCUGGUCAGGGGAACAAAGGUAUAGAAAUAGAAACACACAGAUAAGAAUAUGAAACUCCUAUCCAGGAAAUUCCCAGUUUUAUGGUCCCAAAAGGUAUAAACCAGGUUGUUUCAAACUCAGACUAAAUUGCCCCACAUUGUUGUGAGUAAUUCAAAUGGUUGCUUGACGUCAACACUCAGUACCCAUUGCAGCCUUGGAGUUAUUCUGGGUGUCUCAGUUCUCGAUGCAUUCUUGUGUUAGACAAAGGCGCUUUGAUCUCAGUAGAGACUUGGUACACCUCUUCCUCAGUGAUGCCCUCAGAGAGCCCUAAUUUAGCUUGAUCUGAUCCCCAAAUGCUCAGCCUGAAACCUUUCUAGUUCCUGCUUGUUCCAGCGGCUCUGAUCAGUCUGUCCAGAGUGUGACCUACUUCAAGUGUGAGGAAGAGGCAACUUCAGACAACUCAUAUUAAAUUGUCAGUCACUAUAAUCUUGUUAUCUUGCUGAAAGAGAACCAAACACAUAAACAUUGACAGCUCUGCUCAACGACAGGAAAUUUACAGGUGAAUACUGUCCAUGCUUGCUCAAAAAAAAAAAAAAAAAAAAAAAA